GCCGCCGCCGCUGGCUGAGGGCCGAGCGAGUCGGGCGGCGGGCGCGGCGGCCCCCGCGCAGCCAUGGACUGGCUCAUGGGCCCGGCGGCCCCGUGCCCCAGCUCGGGUGGCUCCUGCCACCGCACCUGCAGUCACCAGGCCGGAUGCCUGCACCCUUCAGUCUGCUCUCGACUCCAUCCAGGGAAGUCUAAAGCCAAGCCCAACGGGAAGAAGCCCACCGCUGAGGAGAAGAAGGUGUACCUGGAGCCAGAGUAUGCCAAGUCCAGGAUCACCGACUUCGGGUUCAAGGAGCUGGUGGUGCUGCCCCGGGAGAUCGACCUCAACGAGUGGCUGGCCAGCAACACCACGACAUUCUUCCACCACGUCAAUCUCCAGUACAGCACCAUCUCAGAGUUCUGCACGGGCGAGGCCUGCCAGACAAUGGCCGUGUGCAACACACAGUACUACUGGUACGACGAGCGGGGCAAGAAGGUGAAGUGCACGGCCCCCCAGUACGUCGACUUCGUCAUGAGCUCCGUGCAGAAGCUGGUGACUGAUGAGGACGUGUUCCCUACAAAAUACGGCCGCGAGUUCCCCAGCUCCUUCGAGUCGCUGGUGAAGAAGAUCUGCAGGUACCUGUUCCACGUGCUGGCGCACAUCUACUCGGCGCACUUCAAGGAGACGCUGGCGCUCGAGCUGCACGGACACUUGAACACGCUCUACGUGCACUUCAUCCUCUUCGCCCGCGAGUUCAACCUGCUCGACCCCAAAGAGACGGCGGUCAUGGACGACCUGACGGAGGUGCUGUGCGGCGGCGGGGGCCGCGCGGGUGGGGACGGGGCGGGCGGGGCGGCGGGCGCACAGAACCACGUGAAGGAGAGGUGAGCCCGGCGGCCGCGAGCGGGGAGGCGGCGCCCGGGCGGGGCGCGGAGCGAGGGCGCGGACUCUGCGCGGCACCGGCACCGGCACCGCUCCGCCGGCCGCCCAGCGGACUCUUCGGCCCCUCCCGCGCGGCUCCGCCUCUCGAGCCCCUGCGGCCGCCCCGUCCGGGCCCGGCCUCCGGGAGACGCGCGGCGGGCAGGCCCCUUCCCCGUCGGGAAGGCGGGGCCGCAGGCUUCACUUCCACCGCGGUUCGUCUUGGCUCCGGCUGGGGAGCCUUUGAGAGAUGCCGCCCCGGCUGUAUGCUCCUCUGCCCUGCCUGGUGUGGACCUCGGCUGUUGGUGGCUCAGGCGGGCGGAGAGGGGGAGGGCUCCCUCCGCUGCCCAGGAGGGGCCCCCGGGCUGGCCGGAUGCGGGGCCGCGGGGCCGGGCGGGCGACCUGUGCUGAGGGAGGAGGGCCUGGCUUCCCUGUGCGGGUGUAAUAAAAAGACUUCUCUCAGGUCCGCGCCUGUGUGUG